GUUGCGUGCGCUCGUCCCAAGGAACACUCUAGUCACGUUGUUCUAUUUGCCGGAAGUUCUCAAGUUUGUUUUGCUGAGAAGUAAAUGUGGAACGCUUUUUGUGAUUUACAUAAAGCAUUGGAAGAUGAAAGUGUACAAAUGAAAACUUAAGGAUAUUUUGAAUGCUAAUGAGUGAAAAUAUCGGAGCAGUGCUAAAUGCAUUACUUUAGACUCAUUUCACAAAAAAUGAUGUUUAGAGAAAACUGUCUGGUAAAAGGAGUGAAAUUGUACUUUUACUGCUUUGCUGAAAGGAGCUUUUAGAAGAGAGGAACUCGAGUAAUGACUGAAUAACAUCUUGGAAAGAGGAAUAAAAAAAGUGAUAUGAGCUCCCUCUCUGGAAUUAAGUGCUGGGGGGAGCCCUUGCCGCCACAGGAAUUCUUGAGAAAGUAUGGACUUCCUCAAGUGGUGCGUGUUCUGGAAGGCAAUAAAGUGCAAGGUCCGGCCAGGGUGGACCUGGACAGACCCCUGAUGUUGUACAAAGCCUACAUUUGCCAACAGGUGCAUGCCCGGAGCAUCGACAGGGAUAAGAACGGAGGGAUAACUUACGUCGGCCCUCCUCUGAUAUUGCCGGAUACUUAUCAAGGCUGGUUGGCUGUGAUCACGGAGGACGGACACACGGCCGGCUAUUUCAGCAGCGUGUCCGAGGUGGCCUCGGCACAGGUGCCUUAUUUCCUGUCGCGUGAGAACACCCAGGGAUACAAAGAAGCCACUGACAGCAAGGGAAACAUCCGAUACUCCAAAGUCAAGAUAAAAGCAGGCGAGGUGCUUCAGUUCCUAGGCGCCUACGAAGACACCACCUACACCUCGUCCAAGCAGCCCGUCCGCCCAUUACGCUAUGCCAAGGUGGUCGAUCGCCAAGGGGACCUCCUCUUCCUACCCUUCCCCACGGCGGGAAAGUUCUUCUCUGUGGCCGGACGCCGGACUCGCAGCGUCAGCCACGUGUAUCGGCUGUCGCAAUUGCUGUCGGUGGCGCCCCUGCCGCUCACUGUCCGGGUGGUGAGUGGGGCCCGGCCCCGGGCGUGCCCCUUCACGGGGCUCUUGCGCCUCGAGUGGGCUGAGGAGAGGCACGUGAUCCUGGCGUGCGCCCUGCGAGGGGCCGCUUUGGGCCCCUCGGAGCCAGCCCUGCUAGAGGUGGAUGUUGGCAGCGAGUUCCGGUUCCUCAGGCCGCUUGAUGAACAGAAGGCUCGGUUAUCGAAGGCAUUCAACAAAAUGCUUAGGCACUGCGCAGACAACGGCGAACAUUGGAGACAGCAGAUCAAAGUUGCGCACCAUGUUGUACCAACCAUGCAGGCCUCUUCUUCCCGAAAUGGAGGAACUUCUAGUGGGGACACCUAUGAAGAUGAAGAUUCAGCUGUCAGGUCGUCGACGGUGAAGUCUUUGUCCUCUACGAAGUCCUCUGCGUCGUCCAGAUUGUUCCAGCGGCUGAAACUGUUGCACCAGAGUUGGAAGAACGGUCAUCGGAAAGCGGACCACACAAAUGCAACAAGUGGCAGCGACGACAGCGGCUUGCCCAAAGACAAACUGCCACCAUCAACAUCCGAUUUCCACUUGUACGAAAGGGUGAGGAACCAGCGACGGUACAGCUGGGGAAGGUCCUCCAUCAGCACCGAAAUACUGGACGACGACGGAUAUGUGACUUCGGAUUUCGGGGAAGAUUCUUCCACUUACGAUUCAGUAUGCUGACACCAAAUCAUUUGUCGAGGCCACUGUGACAAGCUGUUCAAUGAUCCUUUGCUCAACUAAAUAAUCGUAAUUGGUGUUUGCAUCAGGAAAGGAGUUUACAUUCGAGUGACAGUGUGCUGUUACUCCCGAGGAUCUUGUCUUUUACUUGUGGAAAUGUGUGUAUAUUUGUUUUAUUUUUGUUUAAGGGUUUCGUAUGGCUUUUAAAAAUGGGAUACAUAUCAACAACGUUCGUGAUUAAAGCUUUCAGAUUACAUUUGUUGCUUGCAUUGGUAGAGUUGAAUCUUCAGCGGAGUGGAAAAGCUUUUUAUCCUCAAUAACGAUUUUUUUUUUAAUUAAAAGAAAAAGUGCUUACUUUCAAAUGAAAGAACUUUUUUUUAAACUUUUACCGCAUAAAGCUGUCGAACUGAAAAUAUUUUCCUAAAUUAUUUUAAAUAAUGAAAUUUGUUAGCGUAUUGUAUGAACAAAAAAUACUUACUGCCUUUGUGUGAAAAAUUUGCAUUUCCCAUUGAGAAAUUUUAAUCGCCCAUUUAUGUCAUUCACUUUUUUCAUUUUCUAGUCCUUUGAACAACUUAUUUUUUUUUCUUAUUUUCAAAAAUUCAUGAGUUUAGUAUAGGUAUUUAAUUACAUGUUUCAAUCUUUUGAAUUUUUACUCAUUUGUUGAUGUUUUGCUCUUCAUAGUACGAAUCGUUUUAUAUUAGUCACAUCACUUUUCAUCUAUUUUCCUCGUUAGAUUCGAUAGAUAUUUUAUAGUAAAAGCUUUCGUUGAAAACACUAUUUUUUACUUUUCUUGUGCCUAAAUUAAAAUUUCUAACAUCGUCAAUAAAAUAAAUGAACUUCAAAAAUUUAUUGUUCUAGCAUUGAACUUGUGUAUUAGCUGGGCUUGCAUUGUAGGGCUACGGGGGAAAAUCAACUGAAAAAAAAAAUGUUUAAUGGUUUUUCUUUUCCUAUAAUCGGAGCAAUAUGUGAAACGUUUUUAAAAAAUGAUGCUAUUGUUUCUUUUAUCAGAACGUUCUUUUAUGCAUUUGUUGUGUUGUAUAUUUUGUUCUGAAAUUUUGUACAAGAUGUGUUAACGUGAAGGAAAUGUGUGAAAGUUCAAUAAAAAUUGAA